UUUUUAUUUUUUAUUUUUUUUAUUCCCACCUUUUCUCAGUAACCAAACGGAGUAAGACGUUUUGGUUACCAGGGUUGUUUUUGUUUUUGUUUUUUUUUUUUUGGUUUUUGAUGUGUAAAUUGCAUCCUCAACCGAGUCAAGGAAGGUAGAGGGUUUUGUCCUCUUGGGUCCCAAGUGUUGGAAAAACAUUAUUUUCCUUUCUGACAUUUUCUCUGCUCCUAAAAGAAGUGUUAUUUACCAUGGGACUCGCUCCAGGGCUGAUUAAUGGACUGUUUGGUUAGCAUUUUGGAAGUCAUUGUAAUUUUGGUAUUCACAAGCAAUCAAAGUGUCUGCACUAGUGUUCUGAAGAAAAUAUGUCGCGAAAAUGGACUUGAGAGGUGGCCCUACCGCAAGUUUCAAUCUGGAACAAGUGUUGAAGAAAUUAAGAAGUAUGCUGCUAGAGAAAGAAACAAGGAACUUGCUCAAUUGUCGACGGUUGAUGUGCAAGGAAAUGACGCUUUAACAAGUUCAGCUGUGUCAGCAGCCUUUGGCUCCCAGCCCCAAAACGAUACUAAAAGUUCUCUCUGGCAAAUGUCCAAAUUACAUGGUGCCAUACCACCUCAUAUGUUGCAACAGCAAGGAAGCAGGAACAUUCAAAAUGGGCGACCCCAGAAUCUGCCUAAUGCAAGUCUGAGCAAAGGAAUUGCAGCCUCUUUGGAUGAAUUUAAAUAUGGAUUCCCAACAAGUGGUCUAGCAACUGCCUCAAAUAAGUGGUGGGGAAGCAGCAGUCCUGAUGGCUAUGAAGGUACCAUUGGUAAUGGAGUUGAAAUUGAUGAAGAAGACAAAAAACAGUCUGAACAAUUGGCAGAUAAUGGUGCCAAUUUGUUAGUAAUGGAUGGAGAGAAAGCUGAAAAUGAGAAAGAGGAGGGCACCAUUGGUCCCCAAGGGACAGGUUUAUUGACGGUUGUGAGGAAAACUACUGUAGAGGAAGGACGGAAAAUACUAAAGAUUGGUGUUGGUAGGGAUCAUGGUGUACUCAAGGCAGGGAAGAAAGAGAGAAGGUUGCUGCUUCAAAUAUUUGGAUCUUCAUUGCCAAGUCAAUGGAUAAAUGGCUCUUCUUGAAUCUUAGGGGUACUGCUGUAUUCAAUUUUCAAUCUUCCAAUUUCAGUUAUGAGUUCUCAAUCCUUUUUAAUUUGUCUUCAAUUUCAUACUGGCCAUGGGUGUUAUGAAAUCUUUAUUGGUAGGUUGGAACAUUUACAUAUGCAUACCCAAGUAAUCAAUUCAGCAGCCCGAUCAACAUUUUGGUUCAUUUGUAUGGUCUAUUGUGGGCAUAUGAUGAUCCUAGGUGUCUACGACCUGGCCUGCUUGCACAUGGCUCACCUUACAAUCCUUGCUGUUCAAUUUGUCAAGUAGGUGUAUGGUUAUUAAUCACAGUUCUAACCACACCUUCUUCGGUUCAGUUCCUAAUAAUAAGAAUCCAACUUGAUUAUUGAUUUCUGAUCUUUUAGUUUGCUGAUGAGGCUGCAUUCCAUCAUUCUUAAGGUCCUGUCUAGAAUGGUGCAUAUGUUCCUUGUAUUGCCACAUUUUACCAUUCCUUGUAUUGCCAAAUCCAUCCCAACACCUAAUUUUGGCUUACGACUAUGUUUUGAACAAUAUUUCCUUUUUCACUUGAUGGUAUGGUGUGAUAAUUUAGCACUCAAAAGACAAUUCACUUCUACUUUGUGGCAGAUUUACCCUUCUGUGGUUUUUAGUUUUUCAUGUCAGUCUUACCAUGAAAUGCAACUGACAAAAUGGAGCAGGAGGCAUGGAGGUGAUCAAUCAUGUGUUUAUGCUUUGGGCCUCACAGAAUGACAAAUAUGAGCAUCGAGCUGUUAUGGGUCUAAACAAGUUAGGCGGCAAUGUUAUCAAUAUUAGCAGAAGCCUUGACUACAUUGGUUUUCUCCUUGUUUUCCUUGAGAACUAACUUUGCUUCUGUAUAUCUUCCUCUUGCAAGAAAAUAUUUAGGAGUCCAAAUAUUGAAGUGACCACAUCUGGAAGUAAAAGUCUGCAUGUUACCUUUUUUAAUAUUUGAAGUUGAGCUAUCAGGGUCCAGAGCAUCUUCUAUUUCUAUUUUCAUUUGUGGCUCAUCAGUUGUCUACUGAGCUUGAGCUGCAUACUCCAUGCUAGUUAAGUAGUGGUGUACUCUAUGUAUGCCUUAGUGUUAGGGCUCUAUUAGCCACAACUUGAAGAAGACUUUGGUUGUUGUGUUCUCUUUGUAAUUUCCUUUGGAUGCAGUUUGUUCC